GAGACGUCAGCCACUCCGACCUAUCUCUGCAGCGCGUCACAGGGACUUUCCCCGAGAGGGAAGAAGAUGAACUUUAAGGAAAUAAUCUCCAUAAUAUUCACUUUUAAACAACAAGUCUAGUCUGUCGGUGAACAUUCAUGAAUGCUCGGUGCGUGACCGUGAAAGAAGAAAUGUCCACGUCGCGUCACGGCGUCCUCCACACUGUAAACACGGACACGAUGGACAAAGUCAAAUGAAAGUUGACCGACUUCAGCGUUCAUGUUCAGUUCGUCGCCAACAAGGAACCAUGGCGGGGGACGAUCACUUCCUUCCUGCGAACAGUCAGAUACUGGACACACUGAUGAUGGACCCGUCCUGGGACUUCCCACAAUUCACUACGCUCACGACUCACAGCUCGUCACUCAGGACAGGGGAUGGCCCUUUCCUGCAAAUCUUGGAGCAGCCCAAACAGAUAUCGAACUUUCUGACACCUGCACUGGCUCCCGGUACACUUAAGCGAGGCUUCAGGUUCCGCUACGGAUGCGAAGGUCCCUCUCAUGGCGGCCUGCCAGGAGCCUCUAGCGAGAAGAACAAAAAGACCUGUCCCGCUGUCAAGAUCUGUAACUACCAGGGUCCGGCCCGCGUGGUGGUCCAGCUGGUGACGGCGCUCACCAACCCCCCUCAGCUGCACGCUCACAGUCUGGUGGGCAAACACUGCGACAAUGGCGUGUGCAUGAUGGACGUGCCUGCCAAAGACUCCAACAUAACAUUUCCCAACUUGGGCAUCCUGCACGUGACCAAGAAGAACGUGGCCAAGACUCUGGAGGGGCGCAUGAUUGAGGCCUUCAGGAUGGGAUACAACUUUGGAGUCUCCAUCCACACUGACAUCGAUUCCCUGCAGGGGGAGGGCCGUGUCCCCCGUGAACUCAGCGAGCAUCAGUGCAGCUUGAUCAGCAGCGUGGCGUCGCUCCAGGCCAAGGAGAUGGACCUCAGCGUGGUGCGCCUCAUGUUCACCGCCUUCCUCCCAGACAGCGACGGCGCUUUCACCCGGCGACUUGACCCGGUGGUGUCAGAAGCCAUCUAUGACAGCAAGGCUCCAAAUGCUUCCAACCUGAAGAUCGUCAGGAUGGACCGGACCGCCGGCUGCGUGAGCGGAGGCGAGGAAGUCUACCUUCUGUGUGACAAAGUCCAGAAAGAUGACAUCCAGGUGCGCUUCUACGAAGAAGACGACUCGGGCGUCACCUGGGAGGCCCUGGGAGACUUCUCCCCCACUGACGUGCACAGACAGUUCGCCAUCGUCUUCAAGACUCCGAAGUAUCGAGACCAGAACCUGAAGAAGGCCACGUCUGUGUUUGUCCAGUUGAAGAGGAAAUCGGACAACGAGACCAGCGAACGCAAACCUUUCACCUACCACCCUCAGAUCAUAGACAAAGAGGAAGUGCAGAGGAAACGUCAGAAGACCUUGCCAAACUUCCAGGACUUCAGCGGCCAUGGAGGAGGAGCAGGAACAGGUGGAGGUCUAUACCGAGGAGGAGGAGGAGGUCCAUCAGCAGGGGGAGGUCCAGGCUCUGCUGGUGGAGCAGCUUACUUCCAGGGCUACUCCACUUUCAACUACGGAAGAGGAGCUGGAGGUGGAGCCUGUCCCACCGGAUACUCCACUGGUCUUGGAGGAGGUGGAGUCAAACAGGCCUCCCAGGACGACUCGGCAGACAGCAGCGCUGACGACAGCGACUCAGACGACCACUCGGAGGGCGGCGUCGUGCUGGCAUGUUCAGGGCGCCAGGAGGAAGAGGAGGAGUCGCAGUCAGAUGGAGACAUGGUGAGCAGCCGACACGUGGACGCUCUCUUCCACUACGCCGUUACGGGAAACGCGGCUUACCUGUUAGCUCUACAGCGCCCCCUGAUGGCGGCGCAGGACGAGGACGGAGACACUGGACUCCACCUGGCGGUCCUCCACAGCCAGCAGGCGGUGCUGGCCAGUCUGACUCAGGUGCUUGGCGCUUCACCCCUUCUGGACACGAGGAACCACCUCUACCAGACUCCUUUGCACCUGGCGGUGAUCACGCAGCAGAAAGAAGCGGUGGAGGCGCUACUCGCAGCCGGCGCUGACCCCGCGCUGACGGAUCGCUAUGGCAACACGCUGCUCCACCUGGCCUCUCAGCAGAAUGGAGGGGAGAUGGUGCACUUUUUAUUAGGACACCGAUCCAUGAGAGGACUGCUGGAGACCUGCAACACAGCCGGUCUGUGUGCCAUCCACCUGGCAGUUCUGGCCAAUCAGCUGACCUCGCUCAGGGAGCUGUUGGAGGGCGGAGCUAACGUGGAGGCUCAGGAGCGCAGCAGCGGAAGGACCGCCCUCCAUCUCGCCACCGAGUACGACAACGUGUCGCUGGCGGGCUGCCUGCUGCUGGAGGGCAACGCCGUGGUUGACUGCUGCACCUUCAAUGGCUCCACCCCUCUUCACAUCGCCGCAGGGCGAGGGUCCAUCAAGUUAACCGCUCUCCUCAUGGCUGCAGGCGCAGACCCCGACAAGGAGAACCUAGAGCCACUCUUCUUCCGAGAGGACGAGGAGGAGGAGGAAGAUGAGGGAUACGUUCCCGGCAGCAGCCCCAUCAACAUGGCUGCCUCCGCUCAGGUGCUGGAGCUUCUCAGCGGAAAAGAGUACCGUCCCAAAUCUCCCGGCCUCGCGGUCCCCCCUCAGGGCGACCUGGCGAGCCUCGGUGCCGACGUGAAGCAGACGCUGUGUCGAGGUCUGGAGAGUGACGGAUGCUGGGAAGAUCUCGCCGACAGUCUGGGUCUUGGGAUCCUCAAAGCUGCUUUCAGACUGAGCCCCUCCCCCUCCCAAACCCUGCUGGACAGCUAUGAGGUGUCUGGUGGGACAGUCCACGACCUCACGGCUGCCCUGAGGUCAGUCGGCCAGUGUAGAGCACUGAGCGUCCUGGAGGAGGCGCUGUGUCACCACGACAACGAGGCGGCAGGUAAGCUCACGGGCGCCGUCGUCUCUGCAGGCGACACCACGCACGCCCAGCUGCGGGAUCUGAAGUUUGACGCGCGGGUGGACAGCGGCGUGUGCGACAGCGGGGUGGAGCUUUCCACAGCGUAGGGCGACCUUCGAGUGUGGAAAGGAAGUGUCCUCAAAUACAACCUCCUUCCCUCCUAAUGCCACUUGAAGCCUAUUGUGACGUUCAAUGUCUCCUUCAUAGCAGGACAUUUGAGUUUUGUGUGGACACGUUAUUUUAUUUGUUCCUUUUACUCCAUGAAGUUUUGACACGGAUCACAAAGACUCUGAUCUAUUUAUCUGGACCUUUUAUUAAUAAAGUUUUUUUAUACGUCA